AUGGAUGGUUUAACCGUAAAUCGUGACUUGAUGAAUAAAAUCGUAGAUCAACAAUUUGAAUUAUUUCCAAGAGACUUAGAAUUGAUGAUUGGCAAUGCAAAAUGUAACGAUAACAUAUUUGAUAUCGAUACACUUCAAAACUUUAAGGAAAAAGAGAUGCAAUUAAUUCAUAAUCUACAAACGGAAUUGAAUUGCAUACAAGAACGGUUUCAACGUGCACACGAACAAGAUUCGAAUCAGCAAACCUUGAAUAAACUUGCUCAAGUCACUAAAGAGCUCUCAUUACAAUUGGAAAGAUUUUACAAAAUAUAUGAUAAUGAGAUUGAACCAUGGGUAGGAAAGGAUCAAAAAAAAAUUCUUGAUGGUUUGGGUUUGCAGGUGCACGAAGCAAAUUCAAGACUUGAUAACUUACGACAAAGACUUAAAGACUUUGAAAUUAUCCACACGUCAUAUGAAGAUAUAAUCUCUCACCUUUCAAGUAUUAUAAAACCCCAAGCAUCAGAUAAUAAUCAGAUAAGUGAGCUAUCUGCUAAAUCAAAUAUAAACACAAUCAAUAACUGGGGCGAAACUGGCUUAGAUGCAAUAGAAAGGUUACAUAACGUUGAAAAAGUGUUGAGAAAUGGAAUUGUAAGAAGGGAAAGAGGUGGAUGA